UGCGAAAGGCUAAGAAGAGAGAGUGCUUGUGUUGCCAGUGGAGUCAGAGAGUUGACACGGUUCUUCACGCUAAGGGAAACACUCCGUUACAUCUUGCUGUGAUGUUGGGACAUAAAGAAUGUGCACACUUGCUUUUGGCCCACAAUGCUCCAGUAAAGGUGAAAAAUGCUCAGGGAUGGAGUCCUCUUGCAGAAGCCAUCAGCUAUGGAGACAGACAAAUGAUUACAGCACUCCUAAGGAAGCUGAAACAGCAGUCCAGGGAAAGUGUUGAAGAAAAGCGACCUCGAUUAUUAAAAGCCCUGAAAGAGCUAGGUGACUUCUAUCUAGAACUUCACUGGGAUUUUCAAAGUUGGGUGCCUUUACUUUCCCGAAUUCUGCCUUCCGAUGCGUGUAAAAUAUACAAACAAGGUAUAAAUAUCAGGCUUGACACAACUCUCAUAGACUUUACUGACAUGAAGUGCCAACGAGGGGAUUUAAGCUUCAUUUUCAAUGGUGAUGCAACACCCUCUGAAUCUUUUGUAGUUUUAGACAACGAACAAAAAGUUUAUCAGCGAAUACAUCAUGAGGAAUCUGAGAUGGAAACGGAGGAAGAAGUUGACAUUUUAAUGAGCAGUGAUAUUUAUUCAGCAACAUUAUCAACCAAAUCAAUUACCUUCACGCGUGCCCAAACAGGAUGGCUUUUCAGAGAAGACAAAACAGAAAGAGUAGGAAACUUCUUGGCAGACUUCUACUUGGUCAAUGGACUUGUUUUAGAAUCUAGGAAAAGAAGAGAACAUCUCAGUGAGGAAGAUAUUCUUCGAAAUAAGGCCAUCAUGGAAAGCCUGAGUAAAGGUGGUAACUUGAUGGAACAAAAUUUUGAGAAAGCAUAA